AUGUUUCUUUUACUCUUGGAACAAGCUAAGCAAGAGGAGGAGAAAUCACAGCCAGAUGCACCCCGCCCGCGGUUGGCUCAAUUUCUUAGGAUUUACAAGAUCAUGCAAGAUCAUUACCUACGCCCCGAGACAUAUGAGCCUGGAAAGAAGAGAAUCUGGGUUGGUGAUGCAUGUAUCGCCAGACUCGUCAACUUUGUGGAAGAGAAGCGAAAUGGCGGCACGUUCGCGAGCCCCGAAAGCUUUUUCGACGGUCGAGGGCCUGAUAUGAGAUUAUUCCCAACGUCGGACGCAGAUGCUGGGCUGUAUGCUGCCAUCAGGCUUUACAAGAAUUGGGAGUGGAAAGACGGAGAGAAAGAAGAAAGCAGGAUGUUCCAUGCUAUUGAGAGACAUCGAAACGCAAAGUGGGGAUUUCAGAUUGAGAAUGAAAAACGGGCUGCCGAAGACGACAGGAAUGGUAACAAGAAGAAGAUGGAUGAAAAUUAA